AAAUUGGAGCGACCAAUGCGCACCUACCAGCCAAACUCAAUGAUCGAUCCCCGUACAAACUCAAUGGUGCAACUUUUCUACUCUAUAUACACGGCCAUGAGACUGACAUGCGCGCCGAUCCCCGACCUUCAAGAGGACGUCAAGAGGACUGGUCCCAAUCGCUCCCACAUUAUUAUGUAUGUGGAGGAACUUUCACUACUUCGUAUAAGAAGCGAAAUUGGGACUGGGGUCAAAGUCAUGAUCAAAGACAACAUCAACGAGACACCAAACAACAAGAAGGGUGCUGUAGAGGUGGAGGAGGAGAUUGCAAUUGCGAAUGUAACUGUUGACCAGAAAUGGCAUUACCUACUUAUAGGUGAUGCCCUCUACGAAAUGGCGCGUCUAUGGAAUGAGUUGUCUCUUCUAUCAAGGUACUCUUACUCUUCAAAGACGCCAAUCAAGAACUGGUGA